CUUGAUGUUAUUUUACUUCUGCAUUCAUCGGCAGUAAUUGAGUUUGGCAAAUUGAAAUGUUUUAACGUUCGGUCCAUUGGGAUUUUCAGAGCAGCCCCUGGUUACAUCAGCAGCAGAAGUGAGGAAGCAUCACUUAAAGAUCAGGCAAAAGGCACGUGGAAAAGAAGACAGUGAGAGGAAAAAAAACAAGACGAACACAAAGAAUAAGACCUCUAACAGUCAGGAAAUAUAGAGAAUUGGUAGGGUAAAAUUAUAGUGUUUAAAUGGUAUCCCAGUAAGUACACGGUUCUGUUGACCAGGCCUGAACACCUUCAUCAGUAUCUCGAACAAUAAGGGGAAGAAGGGUGAGUGACAUUAUUGUUAAUGUUUCGGAGCGACAUUACUAGAAGAAGAAACAUUUAUUUUGCUGAAGAGACUUUACAGUUAUGUGUUCUUAACCAAGUUUAUCAACUUAAAACACAAGCACAGAUGCCUCACUUUUUGUGAUCAUUGAGCACAGAAUAAUCCACUGGUCAACGGCUGAAGAUAUUUGAAGAAGUGCUUAUCCCAGGGAGAAAGACCUGGAAAUAUCUAACAAUAUGGGUUGUGUGACUGACUUCUUCACUUACGAAACCACCAAAUCAGUAGUGGUAAAAAGCUGGACAAUUGGAAUCAUCAAUAGAGCAGUGCAGCUCCUUAUUAUAACAUACUUUGUUUGGUAAGUGGAAGACUGUAUUCCAACUAAUUGUCUUUCCAGGUUAUUCACUAAAGUGAGAAUUCAAAGUGAAUUUCAAAUUUUAGGUCAAAGUAGCAGUAACCCUGUUUGUUUUGACAUCAUAUAGUUUUAGUGUUUGCUCACUUUUUUGGUAGCUGAGUGUGUGGUAACUAUGACUUGUGUGGUACUAUGUGUAGUUUACAUAAAAUGGUUGAUAUUUGUGCAGGUUUGUGGUUUAUUGUCUCAUUUGCAAAUGUAUGAUCUGUGUGACAUAUUGUGUGAUAUUGCUGGUGUAUCUGCACCUUAACAAUAUUAUUUCUGUUUUUCAUUCUAAAAUUCUUUUCAUUCUUGAUCACAUUAAACACAAUUCAUGCAUCCAUAUCUUAUCUUCAUGAUUUCAAGUUAACCUUGAUUCUUUCUGUAACAAAGCUUAAUUUGCUAAGUAAAACCAAUAGCAUAGAUGCAAUUUCAUAAUUUACAAAUCAGUGAUUUUAUAACAAGGAAAUCCCAGUGUUAUGUUAAAUUGGCUUAAAUGAUAAUGUUUUAAUACAUUGUAUAAUUAAGAUAUUAUAUCUACCUGUCCUACAGAUAUUUAUAUCUUCCUAUCCGACCUUCCAAAACCAGCCUACUGACUCCAUACCCUCCACAAUAGCUAAAGAUCAGGAUCUAUGAGAAUAUAUUUAUAUCAUUUAUGCAGGUUAACACUAUUCUAUAUGAUUGUUCUGGGUUGUGUCUUUUCUAUGUUUUAUACAUACACAUCUUGUGAUUUAAACUACAGAUGCUUUUUUCAAGAUAGAUUUUUCUCUCUUUUACUUUGUUCCUAGCUGGGUGUUUCUCCAUGAGAAAGCUUAUCAGAUUCGUGACUCCUCCAUAGAGUCAUCUGUAAUGACAAAAGUAAAAGGUGUUGGACGUUAUAGCAGAAGGGUGAUGGACGUGGCUGACUAUGUUACACCACCACAGGUAAUAACUAGAUGUCAAAUUGGUCUAUUCACUAAGCAAUGAAUUGUAGAGCAUUGAAAACCAAAAUGAAAAAGAAAAAGGCUAUAAUAGCUUAACCUUUUUUUGUUCUUAAUCUCCUUGCAGGGUUCCUCUGUAUUUGUUAUUCUUACAAAGCUUAUAACUACACAGAAUCAAGUUCAGGAUUUCUGCACAGAGGUAAGAAAAAAAAAGAGAAUCUUGGGGAAAAUGCUAUUUGUUUUUAAUUAUCUAUCACAAAUCUCUAUAUCUCUUUACAGACUGAUACAAAGUAUAAAUGCAUCUAUGACAGUGAUUGUGUCAGAGACAAGCCCACAGGAAACGGUAAUUCAUUUUCUUGUGUAAAAAAAAAAAAUCUUUAUUUGAACUGGCUUAUAGUUUCAUCAUUUUUGUUACCAUUCUUCUAUUCUUCAGAAUAUUGA